ACUAAAGUGUCAAUUUUUUUUUUGUUUUUUGUUUGUUUUUCAGCAUGUGGCUCACUUAUGGCUGGUUGUUGCAUGACCUUUCUAUGACAGUCACCAAUGGCGUAGGUUUUGUUCUCCAGUUCCUGUACCUGGCCAUCUACCUAAGGUAUUGCAUCUCCCCUGGUUCUUGGUAUGCAGUCAGAAGGCAGAUGAUUAUUCUGUUUGGUGUCGCUGGAGUGGUGCUCUAUUACGUUAUCUUCUCAGGUGUUGCAGUGGAAGAAAUCAAACCCAAAGUGGGCCUGAUGUGCUGUGUGGCAAGCGUGAUCUUCUGUGCGGCACCCCUGAUCUCCCUCACUGAAGUGUUCCGCACGCAGUGCACUGAGACCCUGCCCUUCCCCUUUAUAUUGGCCACCUUCAUAGUCACGGGACUGUGGUGGCUCUACGGCAUAACUAUCCAGAAUGCCUUUGUGCAGUAUCCCAACAUGAUUGGGUUUGGCCUCUCUGGUUUCCAGCUCCUGCUUUUCACCGUGUUCCCAAGCAAGAGGAAAGGAUCUGCAAUGGAAUUAUGAAGAGCAAAAAAGAAAUGAGAAAUUUCAAACCUAUUUUGGUGAUUCAGCAGUAUGAUAAUGUUCAUAAGUAAAUAUUGGCUAAGGAUGUCAAAAACACAGGUUCAUUUAGCCUUUUUCACACACACUCCCACAUAUAUACAAGCACACUGUUACACAUGCACAUCAGCUCUUAUUAUUUACAUAGGAAUCCACGGUAUGAUCAUUGUUAUUUUAUAUUAUCAUUUACCUUAAGUUUACCACUUCUCUUGUUUGCAUAUGUUGUAUUAAUAUUUCAAUGCAUUUAUCUAUAUUUUGUACCUUCCCUAAAUGUGCAUGCAUGUCACAUAGACUCACUUUUGUCUGAUGUGUCCAAUGUUCUUGUUUCCUCUCUGACCUUUUUUUCCUAUUGUUUUUUUUACUUUGAAUCUUAGUUCCCCUUUUCCUUAUUUUUUUAUUUGCAAUAUUCCUUUCUUUUACUUUACUCUGUCUCUAUUUUUUUUAUUUAUUUAUUUUUUUACACCUAAUGCCAUGAGUGAUAAUAUCAGUUUGUUAAUCUUUUUGUAACAAAGUCUAAUAUGAUUAUAUUGUAGUGGACUAUAUGCUUAUAAUAUAUUUUUGUAACUCUAUAUGUCAUGGAUAAAUUAUACUGUAAGACCUGAAGUUUAAUGAGAUUAGAAAUGCUAAACCCUGUGCAUGCUUUGUGAUACAAUUAAGAGUGGAGGAUAUUUUUUGUCUCUCUCUGUCUCUCUCUCUCUCAUAUCUCUUCCUUUUGUCUGUCAUUCUAUCUGUGUACCUAUCUCUAUUACUCUCUCCUUUUUUCUGGCUGCUAUUUCUGUCUAUACUUCUCCCUUGUCACUAUUUAUAAGUAUGGAUUUGUUUCAAAAAAUGUUUAUAAGGAGAUUUGUUAAAGAAGAAAAGAAAAAUGUUGUCUCUUAAUUUUCAUUAUUGUUGACAUAAACUCUUUUCUGCUAUAUUGAUUAUUUGGUGUCUGACCUAGGUACCUUGGAUACAUACAGUACAAAGAUGUAGGAUAUUUAGUGAUAAAGAUAUUCCAUAAAGUGAAGUAAAGUGAUAUUGGAUAAAUAGAUUAAUAAAUCUCACCAUAAAUUUAUUUUCUCAUGCUUGUUAUAAAAAAGAUUUGAUUUUACAUUGUUAUUGCUAUGAUCAUCAUUAUUUUGUAGUUAUUCUUAUCCUAGUAUUUUUUGUAAUUUUGUAAAGUAAUACAAUAGAAUGGUUUGUUCACUUUACUCUUGAUAUGUAGUACUUGCAUUUUCUGCAGCUAUUUGUAACUCUGUUGCAAGCUAAAAUACAUAAUUAAGAUACUGAAGCAGCUAUAAAAAUGACUCUGUUCAUAGCAGCAAAGAAUAGCAUGCAUUGUUAGUGUGUUCAGCCAAGGUAACCCAGUGCCACAGGGUACAUAUACUGUCCUUUGUAGUUUUCUCUGUGCAUUUUGUUGAUACAUAACUGACUCCACGAGUGUUCCAUUUUCUCGGGGUCAAUUAAUUAGGCCCUAUGCAACCUCACCUGAUUUCCCCAUUUCAGGAAUUUUUGGAUUUUUUGUUUCUACUUCUAUCGAUAUUGAUUGUGGUAUUGUUAUUAUUGUUAUUUUAGGCAUGCUUAUUAUGAUGUCAAUUGCAAUUAAAAGAUAUCUUUCUAGAAAGAAAAAGGGAAAACAGGUGAGAUAGGUAGGACUAGUAAUUGACUUCAGGCUGACCAAGCUCCUUUGGUGGCAUCCAUAUGUAAACCAAAUAAACUGAAAGGACAGUGGAUACAG